AGUCUGCUCGCCGUGUUUCCAGUUUACCUGCGUGGAGGACGAGGCAUUGAAGUCGGGCAGCGUUCGGUCCCGUCGUCGUGCUACUGAUGGCUCUGCUGCGCCGCGCGUGAGUGGAAUGCCUCUCCAUUCCGCUACCGGGGUCAACGAUGGGGGAUGGGAGGUUGUUCGGCCGCGGUUUUGGUGGCGCAAGGCAUUGAAGAAUCCUGUGAGAUCUCCACGAAAUCUUCAACUGGAUGUGAAGGGCACCAAUCUUUUCAAAUUGAAGCUCAAGGGUAAAUGCUACAACUGCCUCUCACCGGCUCAUCUCGCUUUCUGCUGCUCGGCUCCCACGCGCUGUUGGCAGUGCUUACAAUCCGGGCACAGGGCGCGAUAUUGCAACCAAAAAGUCAGCCAGAGAACAUUCAAUGCUGCUCAAUGCUUCCCUGAACCAGCCGUGCUCGCAUCUAAGAGUUCCACCUACCAGGAGGUGCUGCUAAAGCCAGACAAACUGCAUAAGUAUCAGGUUCUGCCUCAUGUGAACUCACUUGGUCAUCCGCCCCCAUCGACCAAGAAGUCCUUCCUCCAGGCUGUUCUGGAAGACCACGGUAUGGAGGCACGCUACCCUGGUGACCCUCGUGUGAGGCCAGCGCGCGCCUUCUGUGCGGUCUCGGCGAUCGGCUCUAUUCGUCGCCGGAGAGAUGAGUUGAUUGACACGGUCGUCGUCUGCUCCUUCGACGGCAACAGCCACGAGGUUGACAUUCUUUCCGCAGGUGAUAUGCUGAGGGAGAAGUUCAGCUUACAACACGGUCAGUAUCAACUGGUCAAGCAUUUCCCUGAGCAAUUCUUUAUCAUCUUCUCGGACCCUAGGUCGAAGCAGUGGGCGCUGGAUAGGAGAUCUGUCUCAUAUCGUGGUCGAAUUUUCCAUUUUGGGGAUUGGUCUGAGGACAGCUACGCUAGAAAAACAAACCUUGAAUUUAGAGUUAAAGUCCGGGUCGAAGGGAUCCCGGUGCACUGUUGGGGGGAAGAUGUGGCUUCAAAGGCCUUGGGCAAGAGUUGUGCAAUCCACUAUGUGCAAGAGCGCACAAGGCGUAGGGAGCGUACCAGGUCUUUUGACCUAUGGGCUUGGUGCUCUGACCCGUGUGACAUUCCUAAAGAGGUCUUGCUUACGGUUUUAGAACCAGACAGGGAACUUCCACCUAUCAGCACGCCCUUAGCUCUUGUUGGUGCUCAGCAAGAUGCCCCUGCUGAUCUGAAAGCUGGACAUGUUUACACUCUUCGCAACCACAUUGAGGUGGUGGAGGAUCUCUCUUUCCUCCGUGGGAGGGGUUCCAGGGGGGGUCCACCUAAUCGCAAGCAGCGCAGGGAGUUUAUUUGGAGCUACGGCGCCCCAGAUUCAGUGGGUGAAAAAAGAGAACGGGCGGAAGCUGUUAGAGGAAGAGAGAUUGCGCGACGGGACUGGGGUCAUGAUGAUGAUGAUGAUGGGGAUUUUCAGCGUAGCAGGCGCUGCGGCAACCGCCAUCAUCGCAGCUUGUCUGGUUGGGCGCGCUCGUCGCGAUGUCGAGGGGGCAUGGACGACUGUUACAGUUCCAAUGACAAGCAGCGACACUUAACUCCCUUUCGUCGCCAUGGCUGGGAGUCGAAGCUGUCUUCUCGCUGGGUACCCAAGGUGAAGGUCCGAUCUGUUUCUUUUGCAGACCCCAUCGUUACCGCUGUUUGGCCGCAGGAGGAUAAAUGUGGGCAAGCUGAGGAUAUUGGUGACAGGUCUGGUUCGAUGGGCGCUGUUAUUCUGGAACCUGUGCGCAGCCCUGCUACAACCACAUGCAAGGUGGAUUUGGUUGAGCAGCUGGCGAGGCAUUUCUCUAGGCCUUUGACCAAGGAACAAAUGGAGGCAAUUAUGGAGCUGGCAACUCUGGGGAAGGAAAAGGAAGGGAUCAAGAAGAAGGGCAGCAAGGUGACGCCCCUCAAGGCUCCUAUUAUCGAGGCUUCUGAGAUGCUAUAAGUUGUAAUUUGAGUUGUGGGGGUAGUUCUAGUGCAUCAUGUUGUGUCGCUGGUGUACUUGCCUGUGGGUCGCCCAGGUUCUUUUGCUGGCUGUUUCGUGUGCCAGGUUGUUGCCUGGGCAGCGGUGUUUGUUUCUUUGGUUGGUAUUUUCGGUGUCUCUAUCUGUCUUAGUAUAUGUUGUAAGACGCUGGUCUUUUGCUUCUGGAAGCAA